AUGAUUACGGUAAAAGCUUUCCCACCGCAUAUUAAUGAAAUGCUCUCCGUAUAUAAAGAAACCCAAGUCCUUCCUAUAUGGCAAUCGGCUGUGUCGACGACUGCUUCCGUUGUUCUGAUGGGGGCAUCAACACUCUUCUUAUUUGCUGCACUGGUCUGCAUGGUGUCUAGCCAGAAAGGACCACAAGUACCACAAGGGAACGGUCCUCCCGCCUACUAUGGCCCUCCUCCUUACCCACCACCGUUCUACGUUCCACCACCACCUCCCUGUCUAUUCGGAUAUCCAGGCGGCUUCCCCGGUCCAUUCGGUCCAGGCGGUCCAGGCGGCCCUCGCGGCCCUGGCAGCCCUGGCGGUCCAGGUGCCGCCAUGGGUGGAGCUCCAGGUGGUCCUAGAGGCCCAGGAGGCGGUCAAGGAGGUCCUCGCGGUCCAAAAUGA